AUGACCGGAGACAAGAACGAACAAGAGCAAAGCUUCAACAUCCUCCCUCACCCUGCGAAAUCCAACAACCCCGCAGAUCUCAACUCCGAGCCCGCCGAACAUGGUGGACUCCAAAGUGCAUCCUACAACGCUUACAAUGCCAAGGGUCCUCAUAUCCCAAGUCAUGAGAUUCAACAGGGAUUAGAGAAGCCCAAGUCCAGAGAAGAGUUAAAAGCCGAAGCUGAAAAACUCAACUCAUAA